AUGAGAUCACUAUAUCGAUCUGCAUCAAAAUUAGAGUUACAUCUGGACCCCCCCCCAGUCUCACACAUGCCAAAGUACCAAACGCUGUCCAACAAUAGAGGACGCAAAAUCCUAAUAGGGACUGUACUUGUAUCCUUAGUCAUUAUAACUGUAGCGUUUUUCUCGGGGUCUCUUACACCAGCAAAAGAUCUUCAGGGGGUAAUAUCGAGUUUGCCAAAUGACAAGCUUCUUGGUUUGUCCAACUUUUUGUCAUCCGAAAAUAGCAAGAAUCAAGAUGAAUUGUUAAGCAAAAUUGAGAAGUUAAACAAGAAACUAUUCCAAGCACAAGAAGCUAAAAUUAAUAAAUUGGAAGAGCAAAACAAGUUGAUUCUACAAGAGUUAAAGUUGUUGAAAACCCCCCCAUCGCUGGCUUCAAUCAGGGAUAAAUUGACGUAUCUUUACCCGUUUAAUUCAGAAAGUAAAUUUCCUGCUUAUAUUUGGCAAUCGUGGAAGCAUGGAUUGAACGAUGAAAGAUUUGAUGAUAAAUUUCGUCAAGGCGAGUCCCAAUGGGCGUUUAAAAACCCUGGAUUUGUUCAUGAGUUAUUCAAUGAUGACACUGCUCAUACUGUCAUCAAGUAUCUUUACCUGCAAAUCCCUGAGGUGAUUGAAACGUUUGAAUUGCUACCAGAGAUUAUAAUGAAGAUGGAUUUUUUCAAAUACUUGAUACUUUACGCAAAAGGUGGAGUCUAUGCCGAUAUAGACACUUACCCGUUGCAACCAAUACCUAAUUGGACGCCAGAAAAUGUCAGUCCCUUGGAUAUCGGUAUGAUCAUUGCUAUUGAAUCUGAUUCAUCGUCACCAGAUUGGAGAAAAGAGCAAAUUCGUCGAUUACAAUUUGGUCAAUUUGUAAUUCAGGCCAAACCUGGUCACCCAAUCUUGCGUGAGGCUAUUGCCCAAAUUAUUGAGCAGACAAAAGUUAAGAAAUUGGAAAGCUUGGCAGCUUCAGGUGGUGGUGGACCAUUGAGAUUGAUUGGAAACACUAACGAAAAAUCAUUAAAGAUUAGUCAAUGGACUGGAUCUGCAAUUUGGACAGACGUGGUCCUCAAAUACUUUAAUGAUUACAUCCAAUCAUCUGUGUUUCAAAAAGUAACCUGGAAAGAGUUUCACAAAUUGCAAACUCCUAAAUUAGUUAGUGAUGUUUUGGUUUUACCAGUGAAAUCGUUUGCUAGUGAUGUUGAAGUGUCAAAGGAUGGUAAAAUUGAAGACCCAUUGGCAUUUGUGAAACAUUAUGCUGCAAAGAUUUGGAAAAGUGGUUAA